AAUGGGCUAUGCGUCGAUCUUCAUGAAUCAUACCUCCCUUUCGUCACGGUCCACCGGAAAGUCGGAAACAUGCCCUACUUCAAUCGCCGGUGAAGAUACUUACAUUACUGAAUUUCCUGUGAAUUGUUGGUGUUUCAAUGGCAUCUGCUCCCAUACCCUCAGGUGCCCUGGUUCUUCUACAAGAACUCAACUCGUCUUCUUCACAUUUCAAGCAAGGAGCAUCCCUUAGGGUUAAUGGAAAGUUACAAGAACAUAAUGUUGAGUCAGCCAUUGCCAUUAUUGCUGAUGGAGGUGUUACCUUAGCAGUUGACACUCAACACUUAAGACUCAAUCUUCGUGUGGGAUCCCUUUAUCAGUUCAUUGGAGAACUUUCCAUUCAACCAAAUAAUGAGGGGAUAUUAAAAGCAAGAGUUGGUAGAAAUGUAGAUGGAAUGGACCUUAAUCUGUAUCAACAAUCUCUGAAGCUGUUAAGACAAUUUCAAUCUGAUCAAAUCAGUCAUUUGGCACUUAACCAUGGUUAACUUAGUAAUUACUUUUAUUAUAUUAAUGGAAUCAAUGUUUGAACUUUUUUAUUCUGAAAAGUAGUGGAUCACUCAUGAUAUAUGGUCAUUUUGUGUAUUUGUUAUAUGGAUUUGGAUAAAGCAUGUUGAGUCAUAUUUUAAAUACUGGGU